GUGGGGGAUAGGAGGCGUGACUGGAGAUAAAGUUAUCAAAUCACGGCAGAGAUCCGUCACAAAAUAUAAACGAAUUUUGAAACAGCACUUCGUUAAGUUACAACUCUCGAACGUAAGCACUUUCUCUGUGAUUUGUCAAAAAAUACAAUGGAUACGUAUGAAAGUGUAUUACUUGUGAAAUCUGAAGUCUUUGUAUUUAAAAUACCGCCAAGGUCAACGAAUAGGGGUUAUCGAGCAGCUGACUGGAAUCUCCAAGAACCUACAUGGACUGGACGUAUGCGUCUUGUCUCUCAGGGAGACUCAAUUACUAUUAAAUUGGAAGAUAAAGUUACUGGAGAAUUAUUUGCAAAAUGUCCAAUUGAACAAUAUCCAGGAAUUGCAGUUGAACCAGUUACAGAUUCUUCUCGUUAUUUUGUUUUAAGAAUUCAAGAUGAUAAUGGAAGAUCAGCUUUUAUUGGUGUUGGAUUUUUGGAUAGAUCUGAUAGUUUUGAUUUAAAUGUUGCCCUUCAAGACCAUUUUAAAUGGCUGAGAAAUCAAGAACAAAUUGAAAAGGAAAAAGAUACACCAAAACAAGAAUUAGACCUCAGAUUUAAAGAAGGAGAAACAAUAAAAAUAAACAUGAAAAUUACUAAGAAGGAUGGUAGUGAAGUUACUGCUAAAGCAAAACAGCGUGCCAAUACAAACUUGGGUUUACCACCUCCACCAGGUGGUGUAAAAAUUGCACCACCACCCGCAAAAACUCCAACGUCAUCUCCUGCACACAAACCUGCUCAGAAUCAAAAUCAACCAAGUUCUGAAUGGGGAGAAUUUGCAAGUGCAUCACAGCAAUCUCAAACUCAACAACCACCAACAGUAGGAAAUGCCAGUUGGGUUCAAUUUUAACUUGCAAGGUGUAUUAAAAUUUAAUAUAGCAGUGCUGUAGAAUCAUAGACUAUAUAUGCAUAUUGUAAUUUGCAUAUUCACUGUGUGCACAUGUAUAUUAAUAUGCAUGCAUGUUGCAUAUAGAUAUCUUUUAAGGGUAAUUAUUGACAAAGAUGUUUCUAUGUACAUAGUGAAUAGUAAAUCAACUACAUAUAUUUUACUAUAUUAUGAUAUAGUAUUUACAUAUUUUUUAAAUUUAUAUUUUGAUUCAAUUAUAAAAUGAAUUAUAUCAAAAAGAGUUUCACUUGAAUUAAUGAAAUAUUCUGUUUAAGAAUUAACUAAAAUUCUUCAAUGGAACUUAUUUACUGAAAUUAAUAUGUUUUUAUAAAACACUAAGAUAGACUAAAAAGUUCACACUGAUAUUUAAUUUCUCUUCUUUUCUUCUUCACAAAUGUUAGAAGAUGUACAUAUUAUAUCUCUUAUUUAAACAAAUUAUAUAAAAUGUGUGAAAUACUCAUAUUUUUUAUAUAAAUAGUUAACAAAUAAGUUUAUUGUCUUGUACAAAUCGAAAAGGGAGGUAGUUUGAACUAUAAGGAAUGUAUUAAGUGAUUAAAGAAUAAUAAGAAUAAGUUUAUGAUAUCAAAUAUAAAAUUUUGCUAAUAACAAAAAUGUUUAUCAUUAGUACAGUAUUAAAUACAAAAUACACUGUAACUAUUUCUGGUAUUGUCUAUUGCAUGGAUACAUUCUUUGUGAAAACCCUUAAAGGAAUAUGAAUUAAAUUAUAGUAUAUACAGUCUUAAUUAAUAUUAAUUUACGGUAUUUGUACAUAAAGCAGGAAUUGUGCAAAUGUACGGCCUAAUUUUUUAGAUUAUAUUUCGAUUUUUUUUUCAUUAAUAAUCUACAAAAUGAUAUUUCACAUUAUUGUGCUAUCACGCAGUUGUAUUAUGAAAUAUGUAAGAUCUUUAUAUUACAUACUUUUAUUUUUAAAAGUGACACUAAAAUUUUAUCUGAUAUUGAUGUUAUUGAUAUAAAUUUAGAAACAGUCUUAAGAAAUUAUAUACUAAAGUGAAUUAUUUUAGAAUAAAAGAGAAAAUUAUUGUUUUGCAUCUAAAAAUAUUGUUGUAUAAAACUCAGAAAAUAUUAUACUAAAUGAACGAAAAGUUAAUAUAUAUUCGGAAUAAUAAAAAAUAAAUUUAUUAGAUAUUUUUAUUUGCAGAAGUAAAAGAACUUCAUUGUUUCAUGUAUAUAUCAAAAAUUAUUAUUUAAAGAUGAUAUUAAAUUAUAUUUGUAAAUUAUUCACAGAUAAAAAAGAAGUUCGUUAGAUCUUGUGAGUAGGUACAUAAAAUGAUUACUUAUAUAUUCUAAUAUUACUGUAUAUUGUAAAUGAUGCUAAGUGAUAUUGUUAAUAAUACCUAUGUUAAUAUUUAACGUAACAACAAAAAUAUUUUAUAAUUCCGUAAAUGACAUUCCAUUCUUAGCCAUGAAAAUACUUUAAUAUUAAAUCACGUGCGUAUAUGUGUGUAUAUAGUUACACACCUUAAAAAGUUUGCACUCGAAUAUGUAGUCAUUAACGCUAUUUUUCUUUUUGUAGCAAAUGAAAAAUGGUGUUGCUUUUUAUUGUAUAUUUUCAUUUAUAAUUAUAAUAAAUUGCAUAAUUAUUAA